CCUCCAGGACUCGUCCAUCAUGCCAGGAAAGUGAUCCAUCGAGGGCCGCCAUCCCAUUACCUGACGCGAGAGUUCAUUCGGAAGAACGCCGCCAACUUCCUGUCCUUGGCCAACCUGCUGAUGGGCCUGAGCUCCAUCCUCUGCACCCUGAAUGGGUACCGACAGUGGGCAUGUUGGCUCCUUCUCACCGGCUUCAUGUUGGAUCUGGCGGAUGGCGCCGUGGCUCGGCAGCUGAACACGUGCUCGGCUCUGGGGGCCAAGUUGGACGACUUUGCAGAUUUCACAUCAUUUGGUUUGGCGACGGCUCUGCUGCUGCACAGGAAAGGGGCGAUGGACGCGGCGCUGGUGAUGGUGUACGUCCUCGCCGUCUUCACACGACUCUGCUUCUACCACAGCGGAAUCCCCUUUAUGUACUGCGGCCUGCCCUGUCCGUACUCCUCCGCCAUCUUGUCCUGCGCCUCUCUCCUGACCAGUGGGCACCCCCUGGUACUGCGUGCCAUAGCCCUCAUCAUGAUCCUGUUUAUGAUCGAUCAGGGGAUCUACCCACAUGACAAGAUCCUGGAAUCCCAGUGCUGGAAGAAGAUGGUGUUUGCAGGAGGGGUGUUCAUGAUGCUGUGCUCCUUCUCCCCCCUGGCCUGUUUGUACCACUUGGUAUGGUCCAUGUCAUACAUCCUCUUCCCGGAGGCCUUGUGGAGCUGCGAGGUGUGA